UGUGGUUCAAAUAAGUGUGAAGUAAUUGCUAAUAUUGAUAAUAUAAGUUAAUUUACUAUUGGUGUUUAUGUUUGUUACAUUUUAACGACUUAUGACAAUUUAAAUUUGGUAACAAGUGAGUUUUAGGACUCAGCACAUUUGCAAAGCUGGUUGCUGUUUCUAUUAAUUUAAUUGGUUCUCGACAAUACGAAUUUUUAACAAAAGCGUGAAAAUGCAGGAAAACAUUUGUGGUAAUUGCCAAAAGAGUGCCAAUUUGCUUUGUAUGCGAUGCAGCACUGAAUAUUAUUGCUCGAAAAAGUGUCAAGUUACAGCUUUUCCAGUUCAUCGUAAAGAAUGCUUCUCGAUUCCACCCUUAAAAGCUGUUAAUGGUGAACCAAAUUUGUUGCAAACAAGCAACAUUUCAUUAGAUUCCGAUGAUUCUGAUAAAAUAUCAAUUGCUGGAUUAAAGAAGCCUGAUGAUGAAAUAAAAACUGUAACCUUACAAAAGAAACAUGAAGAAGUUCCUAAAAAGGUUGAAACAAUGAAAUUAAUCACUCCAGCAUUUAAUCCUGGAAUUCGGACGGUUCCACCAAAUGAUGUUAAGGCAUCACCAUCCGUUAUGAGCAUUUCAAAACCAGCUAUUGAAAAAGAGAAGGUUGUAGAAGAAGUCGCUAAACCAACUGAAAAGAAACAAGCAUUCAGUCUCGAAACAAUUCGUCGUAAUCAGCAAAAUACACUAAUGAAUCAACAACAAAAGAAGCAAACACCUUCAAAGGAACCACGUAUCUUUUUGAAUGAAUUGAAAGUUCGUUUGUUGCCGAUUGGACAAGUCAAAGUUAAAAUACUAGGCGAACAUGAAUGUCCGAAAACAUUCUACGUAACAGAAGCAUUGGAUGCAGUUGAUGCUUUCCUUGAACACAUCGAAAUCGGUAUCAAUGAUUAUGUCAAGAACGAAAAGUCCAAAAGCUAUAAGCCGGUAAUGAACGAAAUAGUUUUGGCUCGAUUUGAAGGAGUUUAUUAUCGAGCUGUUAUCGAAAACAUCAUUAAUGAUGAUCCUGCCAAGCCAGUUUACGGUGUUUUCUUUAUUGAUUAUGGAAAUGUCUCGCAAGUAACAGAAGAUGACUUGUUGGCAUUUCCUUCCAAAUUAAAAGGAGAAAUUAUUUUGCAUCCAGUUUUCUUACAAAAUUUUCCAACAGUUGUUACAAAAAAGUUGGAAGAAAUUGUAACUUGCCCCGAAGGCUUUGAUAUAGUCAUUCAAGAAAAGUCUGACAAAGGCUAUAUCGCAAAUAUUGUCGGAAUUUAAGUGAGUCAUACACAAACAAAUGAGCAUAAUUCGCGCACAUAGAUUAUUAAACAUAAGUUCGUCAUUUAAAACAUUUUUUUAAACAUAAGUUCGUCAUUUAAUACAUUUUUUUAAUCAUAAGUUUGUCAUUUAAUACUUAACAGAAGUCCGUCAAAAUAAGUAUUACCAAAACAAAAGAAACAUACAUUUAUUUAGGUUUAAGAUUUCAUUAUAAUUAAAAUGGCCCAAACACAAAAGAAACAAAAUUUACAGACACAAUAAAGCACUAGCAUUAACUUCAA